AUGUCCUCUAAUAUCAAGAUCGCAGUUGCUCAGUUCGUGCCGAAGCCUCUUGCCGUUAAUAAGAACUUCGCAACCUGUGAAACUUAUGUCAAGUCAGCGGCGGCCCAGGGCUACGAUCUCAUCGUCCUUCCAGAGUACCAUCUGACCUCAUGGGUUCCAGAUGACGGCCGUUUCUUCAAUGCCUGUCAGGACUCAAUUUCCUAUCUUGUCAAAUACCAAAGCCUGGCGCGAGAGCUCAACAUCAACAUCGUACCAGGGACAGUGUGCAAGCCUGUGGAGACUUCAGAUGGAGGCAAGCCACUCUACUUCAACAUGGCGUACCUUUUCGGGGCGGGCACAGGAGAAGUUUGCGGCUCCUAUACCAAGAAGAACCUAUGGCAUACAGAGCGCCAGCAUCUGAUAACGGACACAAAACCACACCUGGCGUUCGACACUUCUCUUAAAUAUGGGGAUGGGAAGAUAGUCAGAGUAGGACUGCUGAUCUGUUGGGACCUGGCCUUUCCUGAACCCUUUCGUGCCCUGAUAGGUGAUGGUGCAGAUGUGAUCAUCAUCCCUUCGUGGUGGCAUCGAGAGGAUGCUGGGGAGGAGGGGUUUGCCAUUAACCCGGAUUCAGAAAGGCUCUUCCUGCAAAGCGCGACGACCUGCCGAGCUUUCGAGAAUACUGCGGCCAUCGUAUUCUGCAACGCUGGAGGGUAUAGCUCCGUCACGCUACCGAUCGUCGGUCCUGUGGUGCAGAUGGGACUAGAAGAGGGCAUGGAGGUUGCCGAGAUCGACCUCGAGACUCUCCGGGUUGCAGAGAGCAAUUAUCGGAUUAGACCAGACCUGAUAUCAGGAGGUUUGCAUUAUAAGCAUGCCGGCCAAACAGGACAAUCACUGAGCUCCAUCAUUACGUAG